GGCAACAAAACAACAACAAAAAUCAACCACGAGUGUAAGCUGAGGAAUAGUUUAUUUAUUUUUCUGUAUUUUUUAAUUAAAAAUAAUAAAUAUUUUAAUUAGACUUUGAUUAAUAGAAAAAACAAUUUCUCAAAGCGCACUUACUGAUAGUUAAAAACAUGUCGUACCUAGUCAAACAAGUUCUUCUACAAUCUCGAACUCCUCUUGUCCAAUUUCAACGAUUCCGAGGCAAAAUCAACAUCCAACGACCACAAAAGCCACAUUAUGAACGAGCAAGAGUGACUGCCGUCACCCAACCCAUCUACGACAAACCUCCGCCAGAGAAAAAUUGCUUCAAGAAAGCCCUAAAAACCGAUACUAUAAAUCCCUAUGACAAAAUCAUUGCCAAAGAAGUUUUUAAUUGGCUCGAACACUCAAAAAUGGUUGGUAUAUUCCAUUUGAAUCCAAUUAGCGAAGAUGAAUUAUUUAAGAUUCGCGUUGCUCUGCAUCGACAAAAUAUCACCUUCAAACGUUAUGGCAAGAAAAUUAUAAAAAUGGCAGUAGACAAUACAAAGUACGAAGCUAUCGUUCCAUUAUUCGAUUCAAAUCAUUGUAUUGUUUUUUCGCCCGAACAAAAUGUAGCCACUUUGAUAAAGAUUACACGAAAAGUUCCACAAAUGUUGCUUUUAGGUGGGAUUUUGGAGAACAGAUUGUUAAGUCGAAAUGAAUUUAUGAAUUUUGCAAAUCUUCCAAAUCUUCAAGUUGCCCAAGCACAAUUUGUUUCUGUAUUAAAUAUGGCUGCAGGGCAGUUAGUUCAAAAUUUGGAAGCCCAUCAAAAUUCGUUUGUAAAUAUUUUGGAUGUUUAUGCUAAGCAGGGUGUAUCUGAAAGUGGAGAUGCUACACCAGAAGUUUCAGUGGAGGCAGCUUCAAUGGAGGCUGAAAUUUCUGCAAAAGAAUCUAAAAUUACAGAAGUAAAAGAUUCAACUUCAGCAGAUGAGGAAUCUGCAAAAUUAAAAGAUGAUAAACCUUCUUCAAAGAAAUCAGACAGUGAAGAACCAAAAGAGUAAAAUGUUUAAAUUUUAUUAAAUAAAUAAUGUUAAA